AUGAGUUCAAGUCGGAAUAUCGCUUUAAUUGAUAUGGAUUGCUUUUACGCUCAGGUUGAACAACGACUGCAGCCGCAUUUGUGGGGAAAACCAGUGGCAGUCGCGCAAUAUAGUGCUUAUAAAGGUGGUGGGAUUCUAGCGGUUUCAUAUGAAGCAAGAAAGUUUGGCGUAAAACGAGGAAUGUUUGGCGAUCAAGCAAAAAUUUUGUGUCCAGAUUUGAACUUAUGCUUGGUCCCUAAUGGAGAACAUUCUGAUAAAGCCGAUUUGACUAGAUACAGGGAAGCAUCUGGUGAAGUUUUUAAAGUACUUUCGGGAUUUGACUCUCGAAUCAUAGUGGAGCGAGCUUCCAUCGAUGAAGCUUUUCUGGAUCUUACUGAUCUUGUCGACUAUAUCAUUUCCGAUGAAGAUCCUUACAUGGCAUCGUGCGAUUCUUUUCCUUCUACAUUUGUUGCCGAUGGAUCAGAUAUAAAUUAUGAAAAUUCUACUACAUGGAAUUUUAACCGAGAAGAGUCGCUUAAAUCAUUUCUCAGGAAAGCUUGUGAACUCAAGGGAAUGGCAGCGGAUUUAGUUGAGCAAAUACGCAAACAAAUCAAGGAUGAAACCAAAUUUCACUGUUCUGCUGGUAUUGGAAGUAACAAGAUGAUUGCGAAAUUGGUAUGUUCGCGACAUAAGCCAUGUCAACAAAGCAUAAUUGUUGAUGGUGAUAUAUCGACCAUAUUCCGAUAUACGCGAAUUGAUUCAGUCAGAAACUUAGGCGGCAAAUUGGGUAGAGCUAUUAUGAAACAUUUUGAUAUUGAGACAAUGGAUGAAUUGUCUAAGCUACCUUUACAACAAAUUAAUAAUGCGUUCCCUUCACAAGCCAAAUGGAUCUAUGAAAUAUCACAUGGGAUUGAUGUGGAACCUGUACGUCCGCGAGAAAAGCAGACUUCAAUUGCUGUUAGCAAGAAUUUUCCUGGAUCAUCAUCACUCUCUACAGUUAAGGAUGUACAAGUGUGGCUUGAAGGAUUAGUUCGAGAGCUCGUUAAAAGAUUGGUUGAAGACCAAAUAAAAAACAAUAGAACAGCGAGCUCAUUAUAUGUUGGAUGUACUACUGAUGCCCCAUAUGGAAAGACAUGUCACAUAGUAUCGUACGAUGUGGAUAAUAUUAUUAAUUUAUCUUGGAAUAUUAUUCGUGCAUACAAUAAGUCAACCACGAUAGAUCUGUGGGAACCAUCCGUUUUCCACAUAGGUAUGUCGGCAAGUCGGUUCCGUAAUGGCAUAAGUGAAUCAUGUAAACGAAUUACAGAAUGGAUUAACAAAGCAAAGAACCAAUUGUUUAUAGAAUCAUCCUGCUCCUUACAAAUUUUGGAUACUGAAACGUUUCAGGUUCUUAAAACUUUUUCGGUCAUUCAUGAAAUAGUAUUUUAUGUUUAA